UCAUGGAGAUGAUGCACCUGAAAUAUGAACGUGCUCACCUGGCCUUCCUGCUCACCUGCCAGAACGUCAUGGAUGGUGAGGCAGGAAAGUAUGACCUUAGAACCAUCACUCAGUUCAUAAGACAGGAAACCAAGCCAGCUCCCUUUGGAGAGUAUGGGGAUUCAGGUGGCUGGAACGGGAUCUCUGUGUCUGCACACUACCUAACUGACUGCCUACUGCAUGAGUACCAACACCAGGAGGGUGCUAUCACAAAGCUUCUUCAGGGCACAUUUGGACAGGCUUUCCGUUCAGACCACACACGGAAAGUUGCUAGGAAGGUCACCUUUUCAUCUGGGACCAUGUCAUCAUAUGCAGUCAUGAAUGAGAACUGGAUGAUCCUUUCAUGGGUGAUGGUGCAGUCUGAGACAGAAAAGUCACUGAAGCCCAUGUAUGAAGGUUUAGCACACCGCUACAGCACUGCAAGCAUAGAGAAGGCACACUACCAGUGGGUAGACAGGGAUUGCUGUGCAGCAUUUAAGGUUGCAGAAUCUUACACAGGAGAGCAGAUGAACUGGGAUGCUUGGAAAACCACUGACGUUAUUGUUGCUGAUGCCACUACUGGUGACCUGCUGAACACCUGUGCAUCAAGAUCACACUACAAUGAAAACAUUGUUAUCAAGCUGGACUUGUUUCACUGUUUGAGGCGGUUCCUCCGUGAGUGUGUGUCAGAGCAUCAUCCUCUCUACAGUUCCUUUGCUCAGUUCCUGUCGGCAGCCUUUUCAGUGGUGGAUCAGAAAGACCUGCAAAGGCUUAAAGAGGCAUAUGUCUUCCGUGGAAUUCAGCCUGCCAACCCAACAAAGGCACACAUUCGUGAGCACUGCAGGAACAGAAUUCCACAGCCUGAAGAGCUUGUCAAGAGAGUUGAGGGAGUUUUCCAGCACUUUUACCUCACAACUGAUCCAAAUGGUGCUCCUCUCUUCAAGCCUUCUAUGCUGAAGACAUGGCGGAUUCAGCGCGUACACAUCUUGCGCGGGUGCCUGAGUGAUCCUGAGGUUGAAGGUGGGAUCUUGUACAGGCACGGAGGAACACUGCAGCUAAACCACGUGCAGGGGGAAGGUGCUAGUGCUCCUGUGUGGAUCCCCAUCAGAGGCACUUCACAGCAAGAGGGAUACCAUUUCCAUCAGGCUCAGUGGGUCACUGGAACACGCGUCUCCCCAGAGCUGUUCCAAGCCCAGGGGAUGACAGGGGUGGCACGGUGGAAUUACCAGCGCCUGGUGGACUUCAAACAGCCAGAUGUUCACCUCCCAAGUGUCUUUGAUCCAGCUUUGAUGGCACAACUAAAUGCAGUCUCUGAAAGAGUGCUGGGGCAUGUUAAGUAUGCUGCUUUUCAUUUCACUGGCUCAGACACUAGAGAGAAGUUUGGCUUAGAAUAUGUUGAGCCUGGUUGCCGCCCAGUUCCUCUAGACUGGGAUAAACACAGGAGCAAGACAGACCUAACCCAUGCCUUGAAUCCCCCUCCUCAAAGCAGCCCACCCACUGCCCAGGCUGAGAUUCCACAGUCAUCCUCCAGGUCACUACCCACGCUGUUUCAGUUUGCUGCAUGCCCUCCUGCUGAUGUUAAACCAGAUGACAUUCCAAGUACAACCCCAGAGCCGCAGACAGAGCCAGAAAUCCGAAGUCCACUGUCUCUCCCCUACCUUUCCUCACCAAGUGGUGCUCGCACUGGACCGGUGAAGACAGGUGGGAGGGUGUUUGUGUUGGACCACAAGCGCUGGCCAACGCCUAUGAAAAAGGCUAUCAACGACCUUCUUCAUAAACACCGUGGCCAGAAGGACAUAAUCAAGCUUGUAGACCAGGACUAUGCUGGUCUAGUUUACAACUCGUGUAAAGACCCAAACAGCAUGCUCCACCCAACAACCAAACUACACAUUGCACAGUAUUUAAAGCACCUGAGCAAACUGUUAAACACCAGCUCCUCUUUAAAUACCAGCCCAGAAAAACUGCAAGACAGGCAGGAACUCUGGCACUCUCUGACCAAGGGGAGUAAGACUACCAGUGUGCCAGUUGUUACCAUGUCUGCCACAGUUGUUAAUCCACCACCACCUGUGCAGACCCAGGCCACACCUCUAACUCAAGACUCUAUUGAGAAAAUACCAAAGUCGCGGUAUGAGAACGAUGGUUCUUCCAUCCACUUCUUUUACCAGCCAGGACCUGUCAGGUAUUUCUACUGCUCCACUAAGGUUUUUAAAGCCUAUGGUGCUGAAGGUCUGACAAACCCAAAAAUGCCCUUUAAUGACUUUGCGCAGACAGAGUUCUUUCAGCAGGAACUGGAUGCCACAAAGAAAAGGGUGGAGGACAGAGGACAGCAAAAGAGGAAAAGGACCCCCACACAGGAGCCCCAGCUCACAGGUCGCAAGUGUCGGUUUUGCAGAAUGGAACUGAAGCAGGGCCCAAAUAGUCCUCACAUUCACACCGGAUUCCCUGGAGUAGCAGGGAAGUACAUUUACUGCCGCGCUAAAGUCUUUUCUAUUUACAAAGACCAGGGCAUGGAGAAGGAGAUGUCCUGGAAAGAGUUCCAGGAGUCUGCUUUUUAUGAGUCAGAAAGACAGAGGUGGGAGGUUGAAAAAGGAAAAUGA